UUCCAGGAAUAGAGGUGCAGCCCUUGCUGAAGUGAGAGAAAGGCAUGCACUUAUUAUGACAUCCACUCAGCUAAUUUUCUAUAAAUUAGGUUGGAACACAGCUGAAGCCCACAAUACUAAAGAAAGCAGUGUCCUCUUUGUGGUACUGCAGAGCGGUUGGAGCCAUUCAGGAUGGGUCAGGUAUCCAUGUGGGCUGCAGGUGUAGUUGGACUGAUAUUUCUUCAGUGUGUUUCUACCUUUAAGCUGGUUUGUUAUUUCACCAGCUGGUCCCAGUACCUGGUAUCUUCAGGGCGUUUUGUUCCAGAUAACAUUGAUCCAAAUCUCUGCACCCACAUCAUUUAUGCUUUUGCCAAUAUAAGUGGCAAUCAGAUUGUUCCUACUGAAUGGAAUGAUGCCUCUACAUAUGAGACUCUCAACAAUCUUAAAACCAGAAAUCCCAACUUAAAGACCCUUCUCUCUGUUGGUGGAUAUGCCAUGGGAUCUGAACCCUUUAGGAAAGUAACUACAUCUCCUGUCACACGCUUAGCAUUUGUGACGUCUGUGGUGCAGCUGCUUCAGAACAAUAACUUUGAUGGUCUUGAUCUUUCUUGGCACUCUGCAGAACAGUCUGAUAAAAGGAGAUUGGCUUACCUGGUUCGGGAUCUGCAUCAGUUAUUCGCUCGGAAUCAAGAAAAGAAAAGACUCUUACUAAGUGUUGCAAUACCAGCUGGAAAGGAAGCCAUUGAUAAAGGCUAUGAUAUCAAGUAUAUCUCACAGUUUGCAGAUUUUCUUAACUUCAUAACCUUUGAUUUUCAUGGCUCCUGGGAAGCGUACACAGGUCAUUUAAGCCCUCUUCAGAGGAGCAACGCUGAUGGUCAUUCUGCAGCCUCCUCUUAUAAUGUUGAUUUUGCUGUGAAGUAUUUAAAGAGCAAAGGUGCCCCAGCUGAGAAGAUCAUCAUGGGAAUCCCAACCUAUGGCCGUACUUUCACUCUUUCUUCCAGACAGACUAUGGUUGGAGCCCCGGCAUCUGGUGCUGGGACACCUGGUCCUUUCACAAAACUGGCAGGAAUGCUGGCCUAUUAUGAGAUCUGUAGCUUUAAUUCCGGUGCCAAGAAGGAAAGGAUUAUGGAACAAGCAGUCCCCUAUUCCCAUAAAGGGAACCAGUGGGUUGGAUAUGAAGAUACGGAAAGCGUUCAAACCAAGGUUCAAUAUAUGAAGAAUAAUCAUUUGGGAGGUAUUAUGAUCUGGACACUUGACUCUGAUGAUUUUUCUGGUUCUUUCUGCCAGCAGGGAAAAUACCCACUACUUAGCGCUAUUAAAAAAGAGCUGGAUAAGGCAUGAUAAAGCUUAUCCUUUUCUUCCAGAAAGAAAUGCAGAUGAUGAACUUACAAUGUGGGGAAGUUUAUUUGGUUCUUAAAUGUGUGCUAAAAUUCAUGUGUGCUAAUGCAGACAACCAUAGCUAGUUUUAUAUUACUGAACAGUUUUAUAUUGCUUCUUCCUUACUGACUUGCUAUAGAAUGAAGAUAUUACUUCUGUCAAUUCCGCUAUGGAUUUCUGGAAGUCUUUUGUCACUAUUUCCUGGUUCUUUGAUGAAGUAUCAUGUCAUUACUGGUUAAUUCUGUUGUUAACUGUCUUAAAAUGAACUCACAGUGGUAAUGGUGUUGCUUGAAUGGUAUCCAAAUAUAUAAAUGUUUCAAUAAAA